CUUCUCCUCUAUCGGUGGUUUUCCGCCAGCUGUUCUUCUCCCUCGGAACCCGGUUCUCCUCCUUUGUGUUCUGAUCGAACGGCGACAUCGAACAGAAGCGGAAUGUGGCCCAGAAAGAACUCGGAACCUGGAUGUGAUUCCAAUAAAUCAGAUGAGCGUGGUUCCCGUACAGCUCAUCCUCAAACUGUGCCGCUGCAGCAUCACUCGAGCCAGGAUGAUGACGGAGGCGUUCCCGUGGGCCUCGUCAAGCCGUCUCUGAUGUCCUCGCAGGGAAGCUGUCUCAGAAGCCCUGCUUCACCCCACAGCUCGGGCUAUUGGAGCAGGUUCUGCAGCCUGGGUACAGCAGCUACGUCUCCUAUGGGGGCACAGAGCAAGCUGGACAUUAAGGACCAUCAGCCCAUCCGAAGGUCCUCGUCUUUCACCAAGUUGUCUUCAGGAAGUGAUAAAAGCUCCAGCUGGACACCCAGCAGUCACUACAAUACAGGAGCCCAAGGAUCUCUGGAUCGAGGUUUACUGCACGGUUACAGAAAGAAGAACCAGAGCUCAAACAUGGAUCUUUACCUACCUUUAUCUUCUUCCAUGACCUGCAGUAGCUUUCUGCAGAAGUCCCCAGGAUCCAGUCCUGGUUACCACUACAGCCACAGCAGUAGAUCUUCAGCUCAUUCUUCACCAGCUAAGCAGAACAGUUUGGACCUGAAUCAUAUCGCUGAACCUUCUCUGAUAGGUCGACAGGUUUGUGGGCUCAGCCUGGACUCUCCUAUGGGUCAAAACUUUGACAGAGACUCACCAAUCCAAGCAGCUGUUCGGACGCAGAUGUGGUUGACUGAGCAGAUGGAGCACAGGGCCAACGUGGAACCUGGACUUGGUGAGAUCACCAGAACUGAGGGAUGUGGUGUAGAUGGGUUUUCAUCCUGGCAUCAGGAACAAGGGCUUCACCAGGCAACACCAGCGAUGAUGAUGAUGAUGGGGUCCUCUCUUCCUGAGGAUGUUUUGCUGAAGGUUAAAGAAGGUCUGCUGCGGCAGAGCGAACUGGAGAUCAACAGACAGAAGCUGCAAAUCUUGCAGCUUAAUGCUCGGAUCAGAGAGAAUGAGCUCAGAACUCAGCAGGUUCUGCAGAACCACAGAAACCCGUUUGAUGACCCUCUGAUCCUGAAUGCUCAGGAGUCAGCAGUAAGAGCACGGUGCAAGUGGCCGUCUGACCGAGUGUGCUGCGAUGAAGAACUGGGGAGGAAACUAGCCGUGACUGAGCUGGAAGUUCUCUAUCUGAACAAGUUCUUCAAACAGAUCACCCAGAGAUACACAGAGGACAUGAAGAAACUGGAGGAAAAGAUAAAGACCAGGGAUCGUUACAUCACCAGUCUCAAGAAGAAGAGUCACAGAGAGAGUGAAGAGAACCAAGAGAAACAGCAGCGGGUUGAGACUCUGGAGACGUAUCUCUGUGAUCUGCCAUCACUGGAUGAAGUUCAGGUUCAGUCCAAACAGCAUGUGGAGUUCCAGCAGAAAGCCGAGGAUCUGAAGAAAACAGUGUCCCAGUUAGAGAAAAGCAUUGAGGAAGGACGCGCUCUGCUUCAGGAGAAAGACGAGCUGCUCGAGCUGCAGGACCAAAGAGAGGCGGAGCUGAACGAGUCUGUACGAAGGCUACAGGAGAAGGUGCAGCAGUGUCUGGACGACGGGGUGAGGUGGCCCGUGCAGGACCUGAAGCGACUCGAGGUGGAAAACUCUGAGCUCCUGCAGCAGCAGGACCUCAGCAGCAGGCUGCUCCGGCUUCAGAAGGAGGAGAUCCAGAGGCUGAGCUCACGGCUGAUGGAUAAAAGUGUGUUGGAGCGUCUCUCGUAUGAAGUCAGGAUAUCAGAGGUGGACCGGCUGCUGAAGGAGAUGUCUCUGGUUCUGCUGGACCUGCAGGGUCUCUGCAGCAUCCUGGCUCAGAGAGCUCAGGGGAAACAGCCCAACCCUUCGCUGCUUCUCUCCAUGAAAUCCUUCAGUGCUCCAGCUGACGAGGGGGGGCCCACGGAAGAUGGAGGUGAAGAGGAGCUGAGCUUCAAGCUGCUCCAGGUCAGCCGGCUGAGGAGAGACAUCAACGAGCUGAGGAGAACCAUCUCGGACCGCUACGUCCACAAUCUGGGGGAGAACUGGGUCGCACAGAACAUCCAGACCCAAACCCCCCAGCUCUGAACCUGCUCGUUUACUUCAGAGCCACAAUCAGAAACUGUUAUAUUCUCUGAAACACUAAACUCUGCUGCGCAGACAGGUUCUGUCCCAUCAUGCACUGGGGGUGUUCACACAUUAAAGA